GGAGAGGAGUGCUAGGAUAUCACAAGUGACAAUCAAUUGAGAAGCACCACUGGACAGUGACAUGUCAGCACCAUCAAUUGGUCUGUAAGGGAUUGCAAGCCAAAUAACUGCAACACAAUGGAGGAUUAUACAUAUGAAUAUGAUUAUAGCAAUUACACCUAUGACAAUGUUACUCCUCUCGAGGAUUUAGAUUUCAAAACUCACAAGACAUGCUUCACAGAAGUUUCAUGCGCCUCCCUCCUGGUGGUCAAUGUAGUUAUCUUCCUGCUGGGGGUUUGUGGGAAUGGGGUGGUCAUCUGGAUCGCUGGUCUCAAGAUGAAGAAGACAGUCAACACCAACUGGUACCUUGGCCUGGCCGUCUCCGACUUCAUAUUCUGUGCCUGUCUCCCCUUCAACAUCAUCAACACGGUGACAAAGGACUGGAUCUUUGGGCUUUUCAUGUGCAAGUUCACCUCUUUUGUGAUGUUCCUCAACAUGUUCUGCAGCAUCUUCCUCCUGGUCGUCAUCAGUGUUGACCGCUGUGUGUCAGUGAUGUUUCCAGUGUGGGCUCAGAACCACCGCACCAUGGGCAAGGCCUCUGUAGUGGUGGUUCUGGCCUGGGUUGCCUCUGUCGCCCUCAGCAUCCCCUCCAUAGUGUUCAGAGACGUCAAAACCCAUUUAGGGAUGAGAAAGUGUUUCAAUAACUACAGAGACCAACACAGCCACAAGAUGAUCGCAGUGAGUCGGUUCAUUGGUGGGUUUGUGCUGCCAUUCUUUAUCAUCAUCUUUUGUUACUCUGUCAUCAUCCUGCGACUGAGAACCAACCGAAUGAUGAGCAAGUCCUCCAAGCCCUUCAAAGUUAUGACUGCCCUGAUAGCCACAUUCUUCAUCUGCUGGCUGCCCUACCAUGUCUUUGUACUGCUUGAGCUGAACCACCAAAGCUACAACCUGGAGGUUAUAAGAGCUGGGCUUAUGGUGGGCACUACUGUAGCCAUAGCUAACAGUUUCCUCAACCCAAUGCUGUAUGUUUUCAUGGGCAAUGACUUCCUGCAGAAAUUCAAGAGCUCCAUACUGUCUAAGAUGGCGAAUGCCAUCGGAGAGGAGGGCCGCACCACCAGCCGCUACCUCUCCAGGUCCAGCUCCAUGGAGGGCAGCCGCAGAACCUCCACACACAUCUAAAUCUCUAUGAUGAUGGUAAGGUCUCAGUGGCUGCAGACGCUUUGUCUUGUAGAAAUGUCAUGUAAGGUGUAUUUUCACUUUAUGAUCUAAUGGACUAGUUAUAUUUGUCAUAUAUUUGUAUAAUCACAAGUAGUGCUCUUUGUCUCAUGUUAAAACAUCUAUCUGUUUGAUAUGUUUCUCCCAUGAACUCCAGUAUAUUUUCCUACCUUAAAUUUUUCCAACCAAUUUGAAUGUCAUUAUCUCACAUACAGAAUGCGAUGGAGGCCUUGCUGUGGAGUGAUCUUUUGUAGUGAUGUGACAUAACAUAGGGUUAUAACCUAUUUACUAGACAUAUUGAAAUAACAACCUAAUAACCUAAUAAUAAUAACCUCUGUAUAAUGUGUCCCUGUAGAUGUUAAUCUUACAAGCAGAAGUCCAUUUGUUUCAGUGAGUGACAAAGCUCAAAGUUCAACGACACCAGUGAAAACAGGAAAUGCUCCUGUUUGACAGCCAUGUCUCUUGAGGGGAAAUAUUUUUUGUGGGGAAAUCAUUGUGACCUCUUUGUGGUAAUUUGUGUAAAUUAAGCUGAAACAUAUCCCUACCGCUGAAACAAAAGAUACCUUCUAAAAGGAAAUGAACAUCACACUGCUUACAGUACGAAGAGCAGAAAGACUAUUCACACACUUUGAAGUGUACACUGGGUGUACAUAACAAUAUGAACACCUUCCUAAUAUUUGACAUCAGAACAGCCUCAAUUCGUCUGGGCAUGGACUCCAGAAGGUGUCGAAAGCAUUCCACAUGGACGCUGGCCUAUGUUGACUCCAAUGCUUCCCACAGUUGUGUCAAGUUGGCUGGAUGUCCUUUGUGUGCUGGACCAUUCUUGAUACACAUGGGAAACUGUUGAGUGUGAAAAACCCAGCAGCAUUGCAGUUCUUGACACAAACCAGUGCACCUGGCACCUACUACCAUACCCUGUUCAAAUGCACUUAAAUAUUUUGACCUGCCCAUUCACCCUCUGACUGGCACACACACACAAUCUGUGUCUUAAUUGUCUCAAGGCUUAAACAUAUUUCUUUAACCUUUUAUCUAUACUGAUUGAAGUGGAUUUAACAAGUUAAUUUAAUAACGGAGCAUAGCUUUCAAAUGGAUUCACCUGGUCAGUCUAUGUCAUGGAAAGAGCAGGUGUUCAUAAUGUUUUGUGCACUCAGUGUAUAUACAGUGCAUUUGGAAAGUAUUCAGACCCCUUGACUUUUUCCACAUGUUGUUACGUUACAGGCUUAUUCUAAAAUGGAUUGAAUACAUUUUGGGGAGCAUGGGAGCAUCGCUGCACAACUAUUUUCAGGUCUCUCCAGAGAUGUUUGAUCGGGUUCAAGUCACUACUGCGUUGUCUUGGCUGUGUGCCUACGGUCGUUGUCCUGUUGGAAGGUUAACCUUCACCCCAGUCUGAGGUCCUGAGCGCUCUGGAGCGGGAUUUCAUAAAGGAUCUAUCUGUGCUUUGCUCCGUUCAUCUUUCUCUCAAUCCUGACUUGUCUCCCAGUCCCUGCCACUGAAAAACAUCCCCACAGCAUGAUGCUGCCAUCACCAUGCUUCACCGUAGGGAUAGUGCAGGUUUCCUACAGACGUGACGCUUUGCAUUCAGGCCAAGGAGUUCAAUCUUGAUUUCAUCAGACCAGAGAAUCUUGUUUCUCAUGGUCUGAGAGUCCUUUAGGUCCCCUUUGGCAAACUCCAAGCGGGCUGUCAUGUGCCUUUUACGAAGGGAUAACUUCCAUCUGGCCACUCUACCAUAAAGGCCUGAUUGGUGGAGUGCUGCAGAAAUGAUUGUCCUUCUGGAAGGUUCUCCCAUCUCCACAGAGGAACUUUGUGACCAUCAGGUUCUUGGGCACCUCCCUGACCAAGACCCUUCUUCCCCAAUUGCUCAGUUGGCCUGGCGGUCAGCUCUAGGAAGAGUCUUGGUGGUUCCAAACUUCUUCCAUCUAAGAAUGAUGGUGGCCACUGUGUUCAUUUCAGCAGAAAUGUUUUGGUACCCUUCCCCAAUCUGUGCCUUGACACAAUCCUGUCUCGGAGCUGUACGGACAAUUCCUUCCACCUCAAGGCUUGGUUUUUGCUCUGCCAUGCACUGUCAACUGUGGGACCUUAUAUAGACAAGUGUGUGCCUUUCCAAAUCAUGUCCAAUCAAUUGAAUUUACCACAGGUGGACUCCAAUCAAGUUGUAGAAACAUCUCAAGGAAGUUGAUCAAUGGAAACAGGAUGCGCCUGAGCUCAAUUUCGAGUCUCAUAGCAAAGGGUCUGAAUACUUAUGUAAAUAAGUUUGAAAUUUUUUUUUAUACAUUUGCAAACAAUUCUAAAAACCGGAUUUUGCUUUUAAAAAUUAAUUUAAUUCAUUUUAGUGUAAUGCUGUAAUGUAACAAAAUGUGGAAAAAAGUCAAGGGGCCUGAAUUCUUUCAGUCAAGGGGUCUGAAUACUUCCCGAAUGCACUGUAUACAUCUGCCUCAGCUAUUGCAAACAUCCAUACACAACAUAACGUCCAGCCCUAUCCAAAACAAAUCAUUUGUGGUCGUCUGGAUCCCUGGAUAUUGUGUUUUGGAACAAAUCUCUUCAUUUAUAUUUCCUGCCAUAUAUCACCCAGCUUGUGGACAGGUUUCUAUGCAAUCAGAUUUGUACCAUGACAUGUAAUUCAUCCCACCUCACCAACUGUCAGAUCAUCUGCUGUGACACUGAAAGUCAAGUGUUAUUAAAUACCCUAGCUGAGAAUCAUAUUGGAGAGUCCUGUGUUUACGUGUGAACAACACAUGGACAACACAUUUCACACAACCAUUGUGUGACUUGAUUAAUGUGAACUCAUUGGAAGUUAGAAUUGUUAAUGUAUUUGUAAAAACACAACCAUUAUUCUGUUCAAUCUACCUCUUUAAUUAGUUUAUCUGAUGAAUAAGAUGAAUCGGCUAGGAUCUUGUGUUGCAGGGGUAGGCAACCCUGGUCCUAGAGUGUCGCAGCCACUUCAUGCUUUUGAUUUAACCGACCUGGAAGACCAUGUUUAUGCAAUCACUGAACUUAUCAAUUAGCUCAGUUGAUCAGGUGUGGUGCCUAGUUGUAACAACAUCCUGUUAGAUGUGUGGCACUCCAGGAACAGGGCUGCCUACCCCUGUUGUCUGUAUAUUGGACCAUGUUUGUAAUUAUUUAUGGUAAACCACAGAAAGAGAAGCUGCUUGUUAAAAGGAACUUAACUGGGAAGCGGAAAGAGCAUUGUCACAUUCUAACUGAAUUGCAUUUGUAAUUCUGCAGCAGACUGUUUCUGCCUUUUUCUGAUUAAAUCCAAUGUUUUAAGAAAUAGAAAGUUAAUUGAUGUACACUUGUUUUAAUGUAUUUAAUAAUUAAAAAUCAUGUGACAUAAACAAA